AUGUCAGUACCUAAUUCUAAGGAGCAAUCGCUCUUGGAUGAUGCAUCAACAUUGUUACUAUUUUCUAAGGGGAAAAAAAAGCCAGAAGAAACUUCAAAAAUAAAUUCUAAAACUGAUAUGGCUGAGUGUGAUGAAGACCAUGAUAGGGAAAAGAAAGGAGCAGUAGCGAUGGCAGCGGCAGCAUUAGCUACGGCAGCAUCUGUUCCUCUACCUUUAAAAAAGUCCAUCAAGCAAUCGGUUACAGAGAUAGCUGCACUCACGGUUGAGAAGGAAAAGAGCGAAAAGCAAAUCCAAUGGCCAGUACCUGACUCGUUCAUAGUAGACCCUGAUGCAGGAACUAUUACAUGCAUAUGUGAUAUAAACGAUGAUGACGGAUUUACUAUUCAAUGUGACCACUGUAAUAGGUGGCAACAUGCCAUUUGCUAUGGUAUCAAAGAUAUUGAAAUGGCGCCCGAUGAUUACCUCUGUAACUCCUGCGAUCCAAGAAAAGUAGAUAUUGACCUGGCUAGGCGAAUACAGCAAAACAGAUUAGGCGUAAAAAGUACAGACUCUUCUACGUCUCCCAGCAGCAGUAAGAAUAAUAGUCGAGACAGGGCCCCAAGUACAACUGCUAAUGAUGGUACCGAUAGUUCUACAAUAGAUCAAGAAAAUAGUAACCACAAGGACAAAAGGAGGAAGAAAAACUCGUCAAAUCAUAGCUUAGAUUCCAAAAAUGAAAGUGCUCCGGAAAAUUCUUCUGAGACUUUAGCUAGUAUACAAAAGAAAAAAGAAUACUUUUUGAGUGCCAAAGAUGCGUAUGGUGCAAUAUACUUACCUUUGAAGAAAUAUGUGUUUAAAAGCGAAUUAAUCGAAUUAUUUUUAGAAAAACAUAUGGACGAUGAUUGGGUAAUACAAUAUCCCUAUAAAACAUUUAAAGCCAUUUCUGUUGAAAUCAAACCAUACGCUGAUAUUGCUUAUUCUAAAACUUAUCCGGGCUUUACAAAAUUGGGAGUUUAUCUGAAAAGGAGCUGUAUAAAAGGCGAUUUUAUUCAAGAGAUUUUGGGAGAACUGGACUUUCAUAGAAGUUACCUCACAGACCCGCGAAAUCACUACAGAAUAUGGGGCACACCUAAAAGGAGAGUCAUUUUCCACUCUAAUUGGCCGAUAUAUAUAGAUGCACGCUUAUCAGGGAAUCUGACCAGGUAUUUGAGAAGGAGUUGCCAGCCAAAUGUUGAAUUAGUAACCUUAAAAUUACAAAAUGCGGACCAUACGAAUGACAAACCUAACGGAAUAAAAAUAAAAUUUGUUUUAAGAGCCUUGAGGGAUAUUUCAGAGGACGAAGAGUUAUAUAUCAAGUGGCAGUGGGAUUCAAAACACCCCAUAUUAAAAUUAAUCAAUGGCACGACAGUAGAUUCUCUUACUGACCUUGAAAGAUAUGGCCUGAUAAAUUCCAUAGAAACAAUUUUGAGUAACGGUGAAUGUGGUUGUGGAAAUAACUCCAAAGAUUGCCAUCUAUUGAAAGUGAAGAGAUACUCCCAGACUCUUUAUAAAUCUGUAAAACCGAGAAUAAAAAUGAACAACAGGUACAAGUUAAAUGAAGUUCUCAACCAAUACGAGGAUAAAAAGAGACGUGAACCACCAAUUUUACAUAGGCUCGAAGAAAAGGCUAGAAUUACAAUUGAAAGAGCCCCAGUACUUUUAGAUAAUUUUCACCAACAAAAGUUCUUAAAUCGAAAUGAUGGCGUCAAAACUUCUCUAAAGGAUAUUAUUGUUAGUGCAGAGAAGGCUCAUGGUAUUGCAAAGCCCUUCAAGUUCAAUUUAUUCACACAAUAUUCUCCAAAUGUUUCCGUUCCCAAAGAAAAUGAAGCCGCGGGAAAAUCCUUCAUUAUAAAGAAAAGCUCAGACUAUGAUGAAUCUCACAUUACUAGUAUCGAAAAACUUCCAAUCCCGAUUCCUUUACUAGUAACUAAGGCAUCAGGGCAAACCACGAGUGAUCUCGAUAAUGGACAAUCAAAGAACGAACAUACGUUGACUAGAACCCCCUCUCUUACAGGUUCAAGUAACGAAUUAUCAAGAGAAAAGGAUAAUUAUCAGGCUAAAACCAAAGAGCCUAUGACAGACAAUUUUGCUAACUCCAGGCAAGAAUUGUCACCUGAGAGUAUAAGGCAUUUGUCUGAUUUUUCGUCGUCACAACUACAUUCAAAGAAGAAAUUAAGCUUUGCGGAUUAUAGAAAAAAGCUAUUGAAAUAA